UUAACGGUUUCAUACACGGCUCUCUCGGUAAGCCAAUUUAUAGCCAGGGUGACAUUGCGGCAAUAUAACAACGGUUGCCGGCGAAAGAGAUCUCCAAGAAAAUCACACAAAUUCUCGAUCAUCGUAAUUCCAAAAUCAUCCUUAGAGAACUUGCAAUAAAUUGAGUUGGAGUUCAAUUGAAUUUCUUGCAAGGUCUCCAGUUUACCUAAUCUUCCAUGACUUUCGAUUUCCCUUAACCCUAUGCAAUAAUAAUGUCAGACGAUGAGAAAAACACCAUGGUUAACUCACCAACUAGCUCCCGGUCGGUGACGGAGACGGUUAACGGCUCUCACCGGUUCGUAAUCCAAGGUUAUUCGUUAUCUAAGGGCAUAGGAAUCGGUAAGUACAUCGCCAGUGAUGAUUUCACGGUGGGAGGGUUCCAGUGGUCUAUAUACUUCUACCCUGAUGGGAAGAACCAGGAAGACAAUUCGACUUAUGUUUCGGUUUUCAUUGCUCUUGCGAGUGAGGGCACCGAUGUAAGGGCGUUGUUUGAGUUGACUCUGGUAGAUCAGAGUGGGAAAGGGAAGCACAAAGUUCAUAGCCAUUUUGAUCGGUCUCUCGAGAGUGGUCCAUAUACAUUGAAAUACAGAGUGGUAGGUUGGGGAUACAAGCGUUUUUACAGGCGACAAAUGCUAGAAACUUCAGAUUAUCUGAAAGACGACUGCUUGAAAAUCAAUUGUACUGUAGGAGUGGUUGUUUCUGCUGUCGAUUGUUCUAGGUUGCAUACAAUUCAGGUCCCAGAAUCUGACAUUGGAUCACAUUUUGGUAUGCUACUGGAUAACACAGAAGCUGCAGAUGUUGUCUUUAAUGUUGCUGGAGAAAAGUUUCAUGCUCAUAAAUUGGUAUUGGCUGCUCGAUCCCCUGUUUUUCACUCUCAAUUCUUUGGACCAGAGGGAGUUGACCUUGACCUUGACCUUGACCAUGAGAUUUGCUUCUCAAAACCUUGCAGGUAUUCUAUCAAUUCUGUGAUGCGAUCAGAUGGAUUUGAGUAUUUGAAAGAAGAGUGUCCAAAGUUGCAGUCUGAGAUUUUGAAAAUGGUGGCGGGGUGUGAAGACGAGUGUAGCAUUGGUGGUGGUGGUGGUGGUGGGGCAAAGUCACGGAGUGUUUGUGGUCAACUUUCUGAUGGCGGUGAUGCAAAUGGGAGGAGGGUUAGACAAAGAACUUGAUUGUGGUUUUGGUGUUUUUCAUGUACAAUAUUUCUGUAACUACCUACCAAGAACAUGUUAUAAUACAGAGAAUUAUAUAAA